AUGGCUUUGUACUAUCUGGCAAGCACUGCUGAACAUCGCACAAUUGCAAAUUUGUUCAGAGUUUCCCCAUUAUUUGUUUGUAUUUGUGUGAGAGAAGUCUUCCAAGCAAUCAUUGAUAAUAUGAAAUCGUCAUUUGUAUUUUUACCCAAGGGCGAGGAGCGUGAUGCAAUUGUCAAAGUGUACAAAGAAAGGUGGGGCUUUCCAAUGUGCUGUGGGGCUAUAGACAGAACACAUACACCGAUUAUAGCUCCAACUGAAAACCAUGCAGACUAUGUAAACAGAAAGGGGUAUCAGAGUAUUGUGAUGCAAGCGGUAGUUGACAGCAAUUAUCUUUUCCCGAAACAUGGUAAUUGGUUGGCCUGGAAGUGUGCAUGAUGCAUGUGUUCUCUCCAACUCGCAUUUUUUGUAUCGGCUUGGCAACAAGGGAAAAUCGUUUGUUGGAAACCUAUCUGAAAACAUCGAUGGAACUCUUGUUAAUCCAUUAAUAUUGGGAGAUCCUGCUUAUCCAUUACUGCCCUGGCUGAUGAAACCCUAUCAAUAUAGCCCUGAUAUCACUGCUUCCCACAAAUACUUUAAUUAUCGACUGAGCAGAGCUAGAAUGACAGUUGAAAAUACAUUUGGGUGAUGGAAAGGACGAUUUAGGCGGUUUUUAAGGAAAGUGGAUAUGAAUGUCACUAAUGUAUGCAUCACAGUGGCAGCAGCUUCAUGUAUUUUGCAUAAUUUGUGCGAAAUUUAUCAUGAGGAAAUUGUCAAUGAAUGGUUGAUAGAUGUACAGGGUUCUGCCGCUGCAGAUAAUGAUGAGUAUUUAGUACAAAACGUUCUUGUAACACCUGCCUCUUUGGAUAUUAGAGAUGCAUUAACUGAUUACUUUAGGUCAGAUACUGGGGCAAACAUGGGUUGUGGUGGUUCAUAG